AUGAAAUCAAGAUAUUUGGAAAUAUGUAACAAGUUAAAAGAGGAUCUAAAAAUAGCUAGGAUAGACUUUAGAAAAGCUCUGUUAAAAUCAAAUAAAAAUAUCAAUUUAACAUUUCAGAAGAAUCAAGAACAAUUAUUGGGUGAUACAAAAGAAAGAGUAACAUUACUUCAAAGGAAAAGGGAAAAUAUGAAAUCUUCAACUGGGGAUAGAGUAAUAAAUACAUCUACAAAUGUUUUAUCAGCACUUGUUGAACUUCAUCAAUUAAUGGAAUCUGAAAUGUCACGAUCUUCAGUAACUUUAGAAGAGCUUGAGUUAUCUUCUAAUGCUCUUCAAUCUUUGCAAGAGAAUUAUUUGACAUUUAAUACGUUACUUACAAAAUCACGAAAACUUAUUUCAGAACUUGAAUAUUCAAAUAAAUUUGACCGAAUUUCAAUUAUUUUUUCUUUAAUACUUUUUCUUUCUGUAAUUGCAUGGAUUAUAUAUAGAAGACUUUUACAUCAUAUUGUUCGUUUUACAUUUUGGUUCUUUUUCGUUAAAUUAAGGAAUAUUGGUAAGAAAAUAAUUAAAACGAGAAGCAAUGAAUACUUUUUGAUCAAUAUAUUUAUAUUGAUUAUAGUAGGUAAAUUUUCUGUUUCAGAUUCCUUGAAAGUUCCUGAAAACUCUAUAAUACAAAAGUCUAAGCCAAUUUUUUCGUAUUCGAAAAAUUAUACUGGAGAUUUUUUAGAGUUUAAUACAAUUUAUAAAUCAGAUAUUGCAAAUAGUACAUUUUUACAUGAUGAACUUUAAUAUUUCUCGUUUAUUUUUUUAUAUAAUAUAAUUUAAUAGUGUUAUGU